AUGGUGUCCAUUACCGAGCAAAAGUACGAAAUCGGCCACCUCAAGCAGCUGCUCGAUGGCAAUAAGAUUGCGUACACGGAAGUGGACUGCAGUCUCGAGGAGAACCGCGAGACGCGGAACCGCUACUUCCAGGCCAGUGGCAUUCGUGCCAACUACCCACAGGUGUUUCUGCAGGACCCGGACGGCAAGAACAUGCAGUACAUUGGCUCGUUCAAGGAAAUUCAAGAGCUAAACGAGAUGAACGAUGUGCCGCCUGAGAUCCUCAAGGCGAACAACAUUAAGACGCUCAAGAGCGUCUUUGCUGGUACGUUUGCCCAUGGCAUCGUCGGCCCUGCAGUCGAUGUAUGUGAGGCGGGCAAUGGCAGAAGUAGCAGCAGCGGCUUUGGCGUGAGUGCUGUAUCUCUUUGCUGCAAACUCAGCGACAAAUGGCACCCCGAGUUUGCGUUUGUCCAGAGCCACGUACGUACCGGAUCGGACAAGCUAUUGUUCAAGAAAUGCAAUGCGCUGCCGCCUUCGCGCGAAUAG